CAUUAGUCGUCUUUGUGCCUAUUCCAUCCGUAUUGACAGUUCAUUGGUAUUAUUAUUUUUUCAGUUUUUGUUUUUAGUUUUUACAUUACAGUGAAGUGAAGAUAAGUAGCCAAGUGAAGCAUGAGUAAUGAGUACGACUAACCUAUAAAAUAUAAUUAAUUAAAAUUAAAUUAAUUUGUUAUAAACUCUCUGCCCUCUGCUGUUCACUGUUCUUGUUGUCUAUAAUCUGAAUAUGUAAUGAGUAAUGAGUGUAAUGUAAACUGAGUGUGAGUUCAGAGUAGUGACUUCACUUUUUGAGUGUUAAAUUAUUAUUGAAAUACAUAAAAUAAAGUCUAAUCAAAAAUGGAAGUAAAACAAGAAAAUAGCGAGGAAGCCCUGGCAACCUGUAAAGUAGAAAUAGAAUAUAAUGAUUUGGGUGAUGCUCUUUUGGAUGGCUUUAAAUGUGAAAUUAAGAAAGAAUCAACUAGCAAAAGUACACACUACACAUAUUAUGAUUAUUUAGACUUAAAAGAACAUCCUGUAAGUUCCAAAAUAGAACAACAUGACAAUAAACUUGAUCCAUUUGAAGAAAACCAAAAGAUUGAUAAAGGAUAUCUCCAAGAGGAAAAUAAAAUGGAAAUUACUGAGACACCAAUUGGACAUUCAUCUUAUGAAGGAAGUUAUAUGAGUCCACAUGCUGAAGGAACAAUAUUAAAUGAGAAUAUGAAAGUUACGAACGGACAAGGACCUUACAAGUGCGAAAUUUGUUUUAAACAAUUUAAUAAUAAGAGUAAUUUAAAAAGACAUUUAAGAUCACACACUGGUGAAAAACCUCACAAGUGUGAAAUUUGUUUAAAAGGAUUUGUUAAAGCAGGUGAUAUGAAAAUACAUAUGAGAGUGCACUCUGGAGAAAAACCUCACAAGUGCGAAAUUUGUUUGAAGCAGUUUAGCCGAGCAGGUAAUUUGAAAGCGCAUUUGAGAGUGCACACUGAAGAAAAACCUCACAAGUGUGAAAUUUGUUUUCAGCAGUUUAGUCAAGCAAGUAAUUUGAAAGCGCAUUUGAGAGUGCACACUAGAGAAAAACCUCACAAGUGUGAAAUUUGUUUUCAGCAGUUUAGUCGAGCAGGACAUUUGAAAGUACAUUUGAGAAUACACGCUGGAGAAAAACCUCACAAGUGUGAAAUUUGUUUAAAGCAAUUUAUUCAAGCAUAUGAUUUGAAAAAGCAUUUGAGAGUGCACACUGGAGAAAAACCUCACAAGUGUGAAAUUUGUUUUAAGCAGUUUAGUCAAGCAGUUCAUUUAAAAAUCCAUUUGAGAGUGCACACUGGAGAAAAACCUCACAAGUGUGAAAUUUGUUUUAAGCAGUUUAAUAGAGCAGAUACUUUAAAAAUACAUUUGAGAGUACACACUGGAGAAAAACCUCACAAGUGUGAAAUUUGUUUUCAGCAGUUUAGUCAAGCAUGUCAUUUGAAAGUCCAUUUGAGAGUGCACACUGGAGAAAAACCUCACAAGUGUGAAAUUUGUUUAAAGCGAUUUGUUAUAGCAGGUGAUAUGAAAAUACAUAUGAGAGUGCACUCUGGAGAAAAACCUCACAAGUGCGAAAUUUGUUUGAAGCAGUUUAGCCGAGCAGAUAAUUUGAAAGCGCAUUUGAGAGUGCACACUGGAGAAAAACCUCACAAGUGUGAAAUUUGUUUAAAGCGAUUUGUUAAAGCAGGUGAUAUGAAAAUACAUAUGAGAGGGCACUCUGGAGAAAAACCUCACAAGUGCGAAAUUUGUUUGAAGCAGUUUAGCCGAGCAUAUAAUUUGAAAGUGCAUUUGAGAGUGCACACUGGAGAAAAACCUCACAAGUGUGGAAUCUGUUUUAAGCAGUUUUUUACAGCAGGUCAUUUGAAAACACAUUUGAGUGUGCACACUGGAGAAAUACCUCACAAGUGUGAAAUUUGUUUAAAGCAAUUUAUUCAAGCAUAUGCUUUGAAAAAACAUUUGAGAGUGCACACUGGAGAAAGACCUUUUACAUGUGACAUUUGUUUAAAGCAGUUUAAUGAUAAGGGUAAUUUAAAAAGACAUUUGAGAUCACACACUGGAGAAAAGCCUUUAUAGGUAUGAAAUUUGUUUGACACCGUUUUCCCAGAAAAAUGGUUUGAAAACUCAUUUGAUCGUGCACACUGAAAAAAACUCUACAAAUGUGAAAUUUCUUUUAACCCUCUAACCGUUAUGACCGUCUGUAGACGGUGUUCACUUUUUUCAAGUUAAAUCCAGAAUUGUCAAUACCUAUAGCUUAAAUGGUAUUGUUUGUUUUUAAAUGACCUUACAGGCGCCCAUUGAUAAUCGUUUCAACAUUCCUUGUCAUCCCGUUUAGCAGAUACAAGCAGUUGCUUUUGGCCAUCCGUCAAAAUAAGUGUAUAAAAUAUUGUAAUCUGAUACGAAUUUUCAUAUAAGUGAAAAAGUGGUUUAUAACGUUUAUAUUUUGCUGAAAAAUUUACUGUAUAUACAUCAUAAUAUCUAUUUUUGGAAUGUAUUAUUGGUUUUAGAAAAAUAAAUAGGCUACUAUAAU